GUCAUUCGUUGUCAUUGCAUGAAAAAAGCAAUCUCGAGUUCACGCAUUAGGAAAAUUACUUCUAUUCAUAAAACAUAGAAACAGUCCCGUGCAUGAUGGCUGAAGUGCUUACCAGUUUACAACAUUCUGAUAAAGUAUCUGCACUUAUCAAGGAAGCUGAAUGCUUGAAGUCGAAACUGGAAGAAGAACGUCAAAAGUUGAACGAUGUUACUUGUAUUAUGAUAAUAGUAAUCGAUAACCAGACAAAUAUUUCUAUAAAUUUCUGUUUUACAUUUAUUUCAGUGUCGUCUCUGGCGGAACGUCUGGAAAUGAUCAGCUAUUUGAACAUUAAACCCCGUCGCGUUCUGAAAGGCCAUCAGGCAAAAGUACUUUGUUCUAACUGGUCCCCGGACAAGCGACACAUAGUAUCUUCAUCCCAAGAUGGCAAAUUGAUCAUUUGGGAUGCAUUUACGACUAACAAAGAACAUGCUGUUACUAUGCCAACGACAUGGAUAAUGGGAUGUUCUUAUGCCCCUUCCGGAAACCUUGUUGCUUGUGGUGGACUAGAUAAUAAGGUAACAGUUUACCCUAUAACUCUUGAAGAGGACAUUUCAUCAAGGAAGAAAACAGUGGGAACACACACAAGCUACAUGUCCUGUUGUAUUUUCCCUAAUUCUGAUCAGCAAAUUUUAACUGGUAGCGGUGACUCUACAUGUGCCCUGUGGGAUGUAGAAUCAGGUCAGCUGUUGCAAAGUUUCCAUGGCCAUACAGGAGAUGUUAUGUCAAUCGAUUUAGCUCCUAAUGAAACAGGUAAUACAUUUGUAUCUGGAAGCUGUGAUAAGAUGGCUUUUAUAUGGGAUAUGCGAUCUGGUCAUGUGGUGCAGUCCUUUGAAGGGCACCAGUCAGAUAUAAACAGCGUGAAAUUUCAUCCUAGUGGAGAUGCAAUAAGCACUGGUUCUGAUGAUAGUACGUGUCGCUUAUUUGAUAUGAGAGCCGACAAGGAAGUUGCUGUUUUCUGUAAAGAUAGCAUUAUAUUUGGAGUUAAUUGUGUUGAUUUUUCCGUGAGUGGACGUCUGCUAUUCGCCGGUUAUAAUGAUUAUACAGUAAACGUGUGGGAUACCCUUAAGGCACAACGUGUAUGUCUUCUAUACGGCCAUGAAAACAAAGUAUCUUGUCUUCAAGUAUCUCCGGAUGGUACAGCACUAUCCACCGGAAGUUGGGACUAUACGCUAAGGAUCUGGGCUUAAACAUACAUCUCUACGGUUUCCUGUAUUUCCUGCAGUAUUGGUACUAUUAUUAUUACAAAAGUGGUUCUGAUCGUAUCGUAGUAUGCCACAUCUGAGAUUAUUUUAGUCUAAACUACUUGUAAUGAUACAUCUAUUUGAUAUCAUAACAAUAAAUAUUAAAAAUUGAUGUUACUGCAACCCAAA